AUGCGUCAAUCUCAUGGAGGCAUCGGGUUGCAGGCCUCGCUCGUGCUUCUCAUCCUCGUCUGGCUCGGCAACGUAUCGGCAACGGCACCGGCACCGGCAUGCUCGUGUGGCUACCAGGUUGGUGGCGCAAACGGUGAGAGCUGGCUCUUCACCGAAGUCAUCGAAACGGAUUUUACCAGAGUGAAAUCCAUCGCUGCAGCUACGGACUGGCGGCGGCAGGAAUUCAACGUAUCUGCAGAAGCCGGCCGCGGCAAAUACUCGAAAUACUUUACGCCCAAGAAUGUCGCCAUUGGGCCAGGAGGGGCAACCCAAGGCGCCUCGGGGAAGCAGGCGGGCGUGGAGCUGUCAGUCGGUGCGACCAUUGUCAACGGUGCGGUGCCUGUUGCGGAGAUGGAUACUGCUCGUCAAGAUCUCCUAUGGGGAUCCUUUCGGGCUGGGAUGAAGCUGACACCUGUGCAAGGCACAUGCGCCGCCUUUUUCUGGUAUUUCAACGACACGCAAGAGAUCGACAUGGAGUUCCUGUCUAUGCAGUAUAACCGGGAGAAUAAUACCUUUCCGGUGAAUCUCGUGAUACAAUCCAAGGAAUCGGCUGCGAGAGGCUAUGACGCCAGCGGUACUUCGACAUACAAGACCAUCAAUCUCGGUUUCGACCCGUCUGCAAGCUUUCACGAAUAUCGAUUCGAUUACGUGCCAGGUAAGGUCUACUUCUACGCCGACAGCAAGCUAUUGGCGGAGAUGGAAGGCACCCAGAUCCCCGACAGCGCUGGACAUCUAAUUCUCCAACACUGGAGCAACGGCAACGCAAAGUGGUCAGGCGGACCCCCGAAAGAAGACGCUUCUAUUGUCGUCAGCUACGUCAAGGCGUACUUCAAUUCAUCCGAUGCCGAGCGGGAGAGUAAAUGGCAGACUGGCUGCGGCCCCGGGCGGGUUGCCGCGUGUUUGGUACCCAACGGUACGGCCGAUAACGCAACAGAUGGUGGGCAAUUCCUCAACCCAAAUCACACCCAGGGUAACGGUGACGAAAGUUUGGCGCCUGUUAUGCUACCUAAGCUAGUGUCUUUACUAAUGCUGUUGAUCGGAAUGAUGUUAAUAUGGGCUGAUUAG